AUGUCUUUGUUUAUUCGAUUUGAGUUAUACAGUUCUGGAUCGCGGAUCAUUUGUACAGAGACGAUAGCUACUUAUAAUGUGAUAAUAACGAUACAUGGCCUAGCUAUGAUCUUUAUGUUCUUAAUGCCUGCUUUGUACGGAGGAUAUGGUAACUUCUUUGUACCAAUAUAUAUUGGUGGUUCGGAAGUCGUUUUCCCAAGAACUAACGCGAUCUCCUAUUUUCUAGUACCAUUAGGUUCUGUGUUUGUUAACUCAAAGUAUUUGUUCCGAGUUUGGUAG